AUGGAUAACCGAGGGAAAAAGCUUGCUAACAUCAAUGCAGUCUUCUUCUUUGUUUCGUUUAUCUCCCUUCUAUUACGCUUUUAUGUUCGACUGUUCAUCGUGAAGAAAUUCUUAGUCGAUGAUUACUUUAGCAUUGUCGGAACAAGCUUCUUUGCUUUAAGUGCAAACUUUUCGACUGUGUCUGUCAAGUACGGGCUUGGACAACAUCUCGAGGAUGUUGAGAUCAGCCAUAUCUUCAUGACUGUAAAGUGGCAGCCAGGCCCUGCCUCUUUCUUAUGGGAUAGUAGCCAAAGUGGCGUAUGUGUCGGAAUGGACUUUACUAUUUUGGCCACUGUAUUGUAUAGCGUACCGGCUAUUUUGUCAGAUUUGGCCACUGUUUCUCUUUCAGCUGUCACAGUAUGGAAAUUGGAGCUUUAUAUAAAGACAAAGGUUUGUCUUAUACCCAUUCUCUCUAUGGGUUGCAAAUCAUGUAUAGCAUUCAUUGCCCAAUUUCCAAGCCUUGUAAAGCUUAAAGAGCCUGACCUUCUUUGGAACGCCAUAGAUAUGGCAGUUUGGUCCACUGUUGAGCAGGGACUAGCCAUUACAGCCUGCAGUCUUGCUACUCUGCGACCGUUGCUCAAAUUGGUCAGGUCUAGGUUCCCAAUUACAGAAAAUUCGUCACCCACGCAUCUUGAAAUGUCGCCACGGGAUCCGUCCGUAACUGAGAGCAACCAACACUGCCCUAAGAGUACCAGCGAUACUGCAGUCAACAGUCCGAUGACCCGGGAUAUAAACCACAGCUUCAAAAGCCUCCCUGAAGUUCCCAGACUAGACAUAAUUGAUAUAAGUGAAACAAACUCGACGAGAGUGGAUACUCACUCGCAGACAGAGCCGGAUAACUUGGGAAUUGAUGCCGAGGGAUUUGAAUGGCUUUCAGGGACUAUCGAAAGAACCUCGAGCUCUAUACUGAAUAGAAAUAUAAUUCAAGUCUCUUUUAAUUAA